AUGGGAGAAAGGUAUAAGCUGUCGGAAGCUGGAGAAAACCUUUACCAAGUGCUGGAACUGCCUCGGGGAGCAAAACCUGAAGAGAUCAGGAGAGCCUACAGGAAAUUGGCACUGAAGUACCACCCAGACAAGAAUCCAGAAGACCCUAAUGCAGCAGAGCGGUUCAAAGAGAUCAAUGCAGCCCAUUCGAUACUUGCUGAUCCCGAUCAGCGCCAGAUCUACAAUAUGUACGGUGCCAUGGGCUUAUAUAUGGCUAACAGAUAUGGCCCAGAAGCUACCAAAAUCUAUUUCAUUCUGACCAAGUGGUGGUUCAAGUGCCUGGUCCUCUUGUGUUCACUUCUUUCUUGUUGCUGCUGCUGUUGCUGCUGCUGCUUUUGCUGUGGGAUGAAUCUACCGCCAGAAUAUGAGUAUUUUAUGCCUAGCAGUGAUCUACAUACACAAUAUCCAGACACAGAUAUGCAGAAACAACCUCCAAGGACAGGUGCCCACCUUGUGCAUGUGUCUUCUGCUGCCCCAGUCUACUGCACACACUGA